GAACGCGCAGCUGCUCCCUUCACCCACAUGGUUCCUCCUCCUCCUCCACCUCCGCCCGGACCCGCUGCGCUGCAGACAGCCUGCUCCACAUAAGGGACUCGCACCGCAGCCGGCCACAGCGGCGCGGGCCCACUCCUGCAGGCAGAGUCUUCAGCCGCACAGGCAGCUGAAAGUUGCUGUUGAAUAGAUCCGGGAUUUAUUUCUUCUUUUUUUGUUGGUCCCUGUGACAGUUGAAGAGAUCCCGAGUCUCCCGCUGCGAGCUGAACUGAAACAGAGACAGAGACAGAGACUUAGGUGAACUUUUUCUUUCUUUAGUCCAUCAUCUGUCCUCUUGAGCGCCUGAAAUCAGAACAAGUGAGGAAUACAUCUGUUUUUUUUGGUUGGUGCACUUGAACUUUGUGAAAGCCCCCCCCCCCCUGCACUGAGCCGAGUGCCUCCAGACCCCUGGAGGAGAGGAUGGUGCAGCACCUGAGCCAGACAGAGACCGGCGGGGACUCCACGGACACGGGAGAGAUGGACCUGGAGAUGGACGCGUCCCCGACCCCCGAGUCCCCCUCUCCCGGGGCGCGCAGGGACCCGGCGUGGUGCAAGACUCCCACCGGCCACAUCAAGAGACCCAUGAACGCGUUCAUGGUGUGGUCCCAGAUCGAGAGGAGGAAGAUCAUGGAGCAGUCGCCGGACAUGCACAACGCGGAGAUCUCCAAGCGGCUGGGGAAGCGCUGGAAGCUGCUGAAGGACACGGACAAGAUCCCGUUCAUCCGGGAGGCGGAGCGGCUCCGGCUCAAGCACAUGGCCGACUACCCAGACUACAAGUACCGGCCCAGGAAGAAGGUGAAGUCGGGCGGCGGAGCGAGCAAGCCGGCGGAGCGCGGCGAGAAGAGCAGCGGGGAGCGGAGCGCCAAAGCCGGCGUGAAGAGGAGCAGCCCCGGGUCCAGAGGAGGGAGCAGGACGCACCGGCAGGGGGGGAGCAGCGGGAGGAGCACUGCGGGGGGACAGGACCACGCGUCUCCCGGGGACCACCAGGCUCUCUUCAAGUCCAGGUCAGUGUCCGGGGCCAGGCAGAUCCCGGAGAAGCGCGCAGGGGAGGCGCGGCGCGGCCACAUGUUCGGCGGGGCCGGGAGCCUGGAGAGCGGGCCGCCCUCCGUGGGGGUCCCGGCCAGUCCCACCCUGAGCAGCUCGGCGGAGGGCAGUGACCCGCUGAGCCUGUACGAGGAGCACAGCCCGGCGGCCGGCGAGGCUCCGCACACCGCGAGGCUCCGCUACUCCCGCGCCUCCUCCCCGACCCCCUCCGCCUCGCACUCCUCCUCCUCCGUGUCCUCCUCCUCCUCCUCGGAUGAAGAGUUCGAGGACGAGCGGCUGGAGCUGAACCCGAGCCCCGGCUCCGAGAGCAUGUCCCUGGGCGGCAUGGGCUUCUCCGACGCCGAGCUGGACCGGGACUUGGACCGGGACUUGGACUGGAGCUUCGGGGAGUGCGGAGCGGGAUCUCACUUCGACUUCCCCGACUACUGCACGCCGGAGGUCAGCGAGAUGAUCUCUGGAGACUGGCUGGAGUCCACCAUCUCCAACCUGGUGUUCACCUACUGAUGGGAGCCCGCUGGAGAGGAACCGCGACGUCCGCUGCACGGUUAGAACUGCUCGGCCCCCCCCCACCCAGACAGGCGUGUGUGUGUGAGUCCAGACCAGAAUAUUUCCGCCAUUCUUUCACUGAAUAAGGGAGAGUGGAGACAGGAAAGAGGAGAAGGUGGCCUGCGUGUGCGCGUUGAAGCCCCGCAGGCACGCGCAUCGCUCACAGACUUGGACAGCGCGCGGUGACGGGAGCGCGCAACCGGGGGAAAUGCUUAGUUUGCAUUUGGACACCGAGGAGGAGUGAAUGUAAGCAGAGAGCAGACACACGAACUCCAGCUCUGAUGUUCCAGGCAGCCCGCCGAGGAGGAGGAGGACUGAGACUGAACUCUGAACCGUCAUGUUAUUUAGGCUCGGGUCAAAGGGACACUCACCGGAGAGCUCGUCAUGUUGGGUUCUGUUUAAGAUAUAGCCAAUUUCACAUUGACCAUCAAGUUGCUAUUCAGGUGCAGUUUUUCUCCAAACUCGAAAUAGUUUCAAUAUCAGCACGCAUGCCCCUCCGCGAUAAGGAGGAUUUUGUUGUGGUUCAAUGCGUAAAAAAAUGUUCAUUGCUGCGUAAUUACGCAAUUUUUUGUGUGACCAUAGGACACAGUUCACUAUCACCAGCUUCUCUUUCAAACGGCAGGACUUCAAAACAAAGACUGACUCCAAACUUCAGAAAACCUCUUCUGAACCUUUUUAAACACUCAGUGCACAAUUCAGGACCAAUGUUCCCCAACGCGCAUCCUUUCUGCCUAGUGCUUCGACUUUGUAGUUCCAAUGUGUCAGACGACGUUUUUUUAUAUUGAUGUAUUUAUACCGGCCAAACUUUUUUAUACAUAGAAGUAUUGUUCUCGUACAGGUCUCAUUUGUGUUUGUGCACAUACACCUGUCUGUAUCCUGCGCGGAAGGGCUAGAAGUGUGUCUUAUUUAAAAUGUCUGACUUCUCUCACUUUUAAGGAGA